CCUCUGUUCUUCAUCUCCCUCCCCUCUCUCGCCAUCUCUCUCAUCAUUGUGAAGGUGGUGUGAGUGGCAGGGCUAGGAAGAGGACACACAGCAUUAGCACGGGCAUCCCCAGCAUCAUCACUCAGCAUCCCUUCACCUAAAAGGACAGAAUGGCAGAGGGCUCAGUAUCAGAAGCAGAGGUGGAGACGGCCUUCAAGAAGUUUGCCAUUCAUGGGGACACCAAGGCUAAUGGGAAGGAGAUGAAUGGCAAGAACUUUGCCAAACUCUGCAAGGACUGCCGGGUCAUCGACGGCAAGAACGUCACCGCCACCGACGUGGACAUCGUCUUCACUAAAGUCAAGGCGAAGACAGCUCGUGUGAUCACCUUUGAGCAAUUCAGCCAGGCCCUGUCAGAGUUGGCCCCAAAACGUUUUAAAGGGAAGGGCCAGGAGGAGGCGCUGCAGCAGCUCUAUGGCCUCAUAGCAGGGAAGGAGCCCUCCAACGCGGGCGUCACCAAAGUGGCCAAGGCAGCGGCGGUGGACAGACUGACAAACACCACCAAAUUCACGGGGGCACACAAGGAGCGUUUUGACGAGACUGGCAAAGGGAAGGGCAAGGCUGGGCGAGAGGAGAUCCCAGAUGCCAGUGGCUAUGUGGGGGCCUACAAGGGGAAGGGCACCUAUGAGGAUAAGGUCAAGGAAGCAUAGGCAGGAUAGAGGAAACAGAGAGAGAGCUACUCAGACCCUACCAUUUACCCCAAAACCCCCCUAAAUACUGGACUUUCAAUUAGAACUGAGAACUGCACAGGUACAGGAGGAUGGACUGUUUAGUCACUGGAUGCCAUAGUAUCAGGGGAGGCCAUCAUUGUAAAUAAUAAUUUAUUCUUAACUGACUUGCCUAGUUAAAUAAAGGUUACAUUUAAAAAUGUAAAAAUAUAUCCUCAGAGUUACAGGGUGGGGUUGGGGUGGUAGGAUGGAGAGGGGAGGUGUAACGGUUCCAGUGGGGAGUAAACCUGAAUAUGAAAUAUUACCUUUACUAGUUGAUAAAGAAUAAUGAUUUCUUAGGGAGAAAAUGUACUUAAAUAAUCUACAUACUCCCCCUUCGUAAAUGCUCCAGCCCAACCCCUGACCCCAUCCCUCCCAGCUUUACUAAACACCUCAGUCAGCGCACUUAUUACUACAGGAAGUAACUCAGCUCCCUAUUACUACAGGAAGUAACUCAGCUCCCUACUACUACAGGAAGUAACUCAGCUCCCUACUACUGCAGGAAGUAACUCAGCUCCCUACUACUACAGGAAGUAACUCAGCUCCCUACUACUACUAGGAAGUAACUCAGCUCCCUACUACUACAGGAAGUAACUCAGCUCCCUACUACUACAGGAAGUAACUCAGCUCCCUACUACUACAGGAAGUAACUCAGCUUCCUACCACUACACACAUUGUGCCUUAUCAUUGAGGUUGCUUCUAACACUAAUGCCCUGGUAUUAUGCACUUCUUUCACCCACAUCCUUCUCAACUGAUGUACAUAGCUUCAUCUGCUCUGCUAUAAUAACUGUAUAUUGGAAAUAUAAAUGGAUGAAUUCAUAAAUACAUUAUUAGAUGAUGUAAUAGAUUAAUGAAUGGUGAAUACAUUCAAAGAUAUAUAGACUGUAUCUGGACAUUAUAGUCCUUUGCUUGUGCUGUAGAUUGGACACAUGGAAUAAGAGACAGAUGAGUCCUCUCCUCCUCUGAGAAGAUGGGAACACUGUCUGUUGGAGGACUYGGAGCCUCCUGACUACACUGUUGUUCUGUCCUUCCUGAUCAUUGUACAGUCUAGCUGUGUCUCCCUCUGUUCUGAAGAGCUGGAAAAUACUAUGUAAACGCUCAAAUAAAUCACUGAGCAGCAAAUCAGA